AUGACUAACGCGCGACAGUUGGCGGUCAGCCGCUCUAUUCACCGCGCUCUUCUGCGAGAUCCAGAGCAUGAAGCCGUCACCAGAUAUAGCGUUUUCAUGGUGCUCCUGGCCUUUUUCUCCAUCUGGCACAUUCGCUUAGUCCGGAUUUCUGCAGAUUUGUUUCGAAGCCUCCGGAACGACGUGUGGGAACUAGACGAGUCCGAGUACAGUGAAUCCUUUCUGAGCGAUAGAAAGACAUUCUUCAAGACGGUAAACUCAAAAUACUUGAUCAAAAGCUUGCCGCGGAGGUCAGAGCAUUCGUUUUUCCGGGACGACUUUCUUCACCCGUACCAUGAAUACAUGUUGUCCAAUGCAGACUCACUUCUCGUGCGAAUAACGGAUUUUCUGGGUGCAGAGUAUCCCACAAUUGGCACCCUAUGCCAAUGCACUCCAUCCCACCAUGUCAUCAUGGAGAACGUGUUAUGUGACAAAGACGACGAGGCCCGCGAGCCUGACAAGUGGGAGACGUAUGACUUGAAGCCAAUUGAUUACUUUUACCCGGAGCGCGACCUUGUCCCCAAGCCAAUCGCAAAGGAGGCAAUCUCGUCACGUCUCUACGACGAGUUUAAAGACAAGAUACGGAUUACGAAAGAACAAUACAACGAGCUGAAGAAGACCAUUGAGGGCGAUACCAAAUUUCUCAAAUUAGUGAAUACUGUUGACUACUCACUGUUUUUGGUCCGAUACCCAGCCCACUUGCGCCCUCUGACACCCUCAAGAAGGAAAAUCCAGUGGCGGGAAGGAGCUGUGUCUACCGAUGGGAAAUGGAAAUAUCGCGCGGUACUGCUAGACUUUUUCUGGGCAAAACACAAACUGCAGGCUCAAGCCAUGACCGGGGUUGUGCACACGUUUAAUGCCAUCGGACGCAAGGGCCCAAUGUCUAUAACCACCACGGCAGACGAGUACCGGGAAAAGUUCCUCCAAAUGCUUGAUGGAUUGGUUGAACUCCACGGAUAA